UUGAGGAGAAGAGUUUUUAUUCUACCUGAAAAAGAGAGAGAAAAAGAAAAAAAAAAUGAAGAAAGAUGAUUGAUUAUAUGUUGUGAUAAUAGUAGUUCUAAAUUGUACUAGAAUAAAGAGUUGAGCUGGAAAACCUUGAAAUUGUUGCUGAAACUUCAUAAAAGAGAAGCAUUGAAUUCAUUGUCCAGAGUUGAAAGUUGGAACUUGAGAGCGUUAGUAGUAGUAAGUUUGAUAAGUAUUUUGCAGAAAUCAAAACUUAGAUUUGGGUUUUGGCUUUGCACAGAACAAAACCCUAAUUCCUCAGAUUUCUCUGUUUCUCCGCUCCCAUUUUUAGGGUUUUGACUUUCUUCUUCUCCAACCUAACGCUGGCUAUGGACUACGAGCCCUAUGAUAGCAGCGGAACUGAUGAUGAUCUACCACCAUCACAUCAGAAUAGAAUACCUAGAGCAGGACGUAUUGCUGGGAAUGGAAGAUCUGCUGUAUCUUCAGUGCCAUACCCUAGGAUUUAUGGUGAAACUGAUAUGGAGGCUCAAAUUCACCAGCUUGAGCAAGAAGCAUACAGUUCAGUUCUAAGAGCCUUUAAAGCUCAAGCUGAUGCCAUUACUUGGGAGAAGGAGAGUUUGAUAACAGAACUUCGGAAAGAAUUGAGACUAUCAAACGAGGAGCACAGAGAGCUAUUAGGCCGGGUUAAUGCCGACGACAUCAUACGAAGGAUAAGGGAGUGGAGACAAGUAGGAGUGCUGCAAUCCGGCAUGCUUAAUACUGUUCAUGAUCCUGUGCCCAGUCCCACUGUGUCAGCAUCACACAAGAAACAGAAGAUAACGCAGUUGGUACCUUCACAAUCCAUUGGUGGGCCAUCUCCACCAUUUCACCUGCAAGCUGUUGCUCCCUCUCACCAACCAUCUUCAUCAGCCACUAAAGGAGGACCCAUAACUAGCUCCAAGGGCAAGAAACAUAAACCGGGUUUGCCUGGUGUGCCUUCUGUGAAGUCCACUCAGUACCCCUCCACAGGUCUAGCUGGCAGGGGUCAAGCUGUUAAUAGAGUAUCUUCUAGUGUAGCCCUUGUGAGUGAACCUGCUGAAGGGGCAACAUUUGAUCCAUUAAUUGGGAAGAAAGUGAGGACAAGAUGGCCAGAUGAUAACAAUUUCUAUGAAGCUGUUAUAACUGAUUACAAUCCAGUUGAGGGACGACAUGCUCUGGUCUACGAUAUUGGAACUAAAAAUGAAACAUGGGAAUGGGUCAAUCUUUCUGAGAUUUUGCCUGAGGAUAUACAAUGGGUAAGUAAGGACCCUGGAAUUCCUCUUCGCGAUGUCUAUGGUGGAUCAGGUCAUGGGAUGAACAGAUCCGUAGGUCGUGAUGGUGUGCCAGUUGCAGGAAGAGGUAGAGGUGUCGCUAAAGGUCAAUCUAGAAAAGAUUUUUUACCAUCUCAGAAUGGCAUUGGAAAGAAAGAACUGGAUGAUAUACAAAUUCUUCACACAGAUACCCUAGUCAAAGAGGUGGAGAGGGUAUUUGGUGGAAACCAUCCUGACCCUCUUGAAAUUGAGAAAGCAAAGAAAUUGCUAAAGGAGCAUGAGCAAUCGCUUAUUGAUGCAAUUGCUAAGCUGGCAGGUAUAUCUGAUGGUGAAAGUGAUGAGGGUGGCCGCCAAUUCGGGCAAGCAAUGAAUCGAACAUGAUACAAGAACCAGUUUUUGUAGGAAGCCAAAUAGGUUAUCUGAUAGAAUGGUCUGAGAUGAAUGAAUGAAUGAAUGCAUGCUUGAGGUGACAAUAAGAUUGGCAGCAGAGACUCUUGAGACGUUGAAGAACACCCGACUUUCCUGCUGGGAGGGUAGUUCCUUGUAUAAUGCACUUCCUAACUAUGUUUUAUAUUUACCUCAACUGGGAUAGCUCUAGGUUUGUGGCUUUGGAUGGGUAUUACUCUAAGAUGGGAAUUUUUUAUUGUAGUUGUCCACUAAUUUUUAAAGAAGGGGAAAAAUCGCUAUGAGAAGGUGAUGCUUCAUGUAACAUCAUUCAGUUAGCAAUUAACGCGUGUUCAUAUAUAAUUUUGAUUUCUUUUUUCGGUACCUUUGGCUUUGACGAAAGUGGCAACUCUCCCGCUGUUCGCUAAGAGAAGACAAUUUUCCUUUUCCUUCCAGAAGAGAUUACUUUCAUAAUAUAUAUUGAAUGUGAAGAGAUCAGAUCAGGACUCCUUAAAGCUAUGGAGAUUUGUGCUGUGUGCAAAUGCCCAUUCCCUGGCGAUUGAUGGUGGAUGUCACGCAGCCCCAAGUCUCAACUAGAUCUGAUAUGAGUUACAAGCCAGUUGUUGCCAGUCUCACAUAGUCACUUGGUUUGAAUCCCAGCUAUAAAGAGACAGAAUCCCAACUAUAAAGGGGCAGAGGGUUCAUAGUUUGACUUUCUCCCGAGUUACAAAAUAGAGCGUACCAUCUUAAAUAAU